AUGGAUUCUGGAGAUGAAAUGGAGAGAGGCCCCCCUUCUGCAGCACUGCGUCGCUGCCAGUCUGGGCGCAGCGGAUUGCUGCUCGAUGAUGACUUGCUGCAGCUGGGUGGCAGCAUGCAGCAGCAAGAAGAAGAAGAAACCCGCACUGUCUUGCCUAUCAGCAAGAAGCUCUUAGCAGGCGUUGAUUCUGAUGGAAGCGAAGUGCCUAUAGACGCAAAGGCAGUAGAGGAGACCCUCGAUAUGUAUUCUGUACUUAUUGAAUACGCCAAGAUGCCACCCUUUGCUCCAGACGGUAUUUACUGCAUGCCCACUUGGAAUGACGUCAGAACAUGGGAUGGCGUUGCCUUUCUGAGGCAUGGAGUUUAUCAAGGAGGUCUAUUUAAAUUUAGAAUUGGGAUUCCUAAGGCAUAUCCAAACAUAGCACCGAAACUUACUUUUCUCUCGCGUGUUUUUCACCCGCUUGUAGAUGAAGAGACUGGCGAACUCUGCAUUAAAGCGUAUUUCAAAGAAUGGAACAGCGAAAGAGAUUAUAUUCCUAUGUUAUUGUUGUAUUUAAAGACGAUAUUCCUCUCUAAAGAUUUACUAAGAGGAACUGCAGAUGAAAAAAACUGGAAAAACAAACGCGCAGCUCAGCUUUUUCGUGAAGAUAAGGCGACUUUGCUGAAAGAAAUUCGUAAAUGCGUGAAGGAGUCUCAGGAGAAGAGUUUGACGCCAGUAGAGCAGCAGCAAGCAUUAGCAGCUGCUGCACCUGCAGCAGAGCGCGAGCCCCCAACAGCUGCUGCUGCAGUAUUGCAUGAGGAUGCCUCCGACUUUGUUUUUAAUUUCCGAGAGUUUCACCGGCAGCAGAAACCCCUGCUGCAUGCAAUUACUCUGUUAGCUUCCGAUGAAACCUGUGCAGAUCCAACUCAGGCGUUUGUUGAGUGGUUUGCUGAUGAUUGGAGCAAGGCAGAGUUUGAAAGGGAAGAGAAUAAACCCCCGUAA